AAUAUCAGGCAAGGUGAACUCCCAGAAUCCAUAUAUUGUUCAGGCGGCAGUGACGGGAAUCCCCAGCCAAAGUGGAACAUAUAUGAUACAAAAUCUGGAUAGCUCAGAGGGUGAAAAAUGAGGGUCCUCCUCUUUCUAUGUGUGAGUGUGGCUCUACUUUAUGUGGUCACCAGUGAUCACAAGGAAGGACACCACUUUAGAGGAAAAUGGCAAAACCCUUUUCAGGAAGAAUUCACAGAAGAAGGUGAUAUCCAUGUUGAUGAGAACACUGUUGUGAAGGUUCCAAUGAUGUAUAGAAAAGGCAACUACAGGGUAGUACAUGACAGGGAUCUUGGUUGUCAUGUGGUAGAAAUACCAUACAAAGGAAAUGCCACGGCAUGGUUUAUUCUGCCAGAUGAAGGAAAAUUUAAAGCAGUGGAAGAAGCUCUUGGGAAACCCACCGCAAAAAAAUGGCUAAAGGAUUUUAGUAGCCGGUUAAUAAACUUAUGGAUCCCCAAAUUUUCCAUUUCUACCACACUUGACCUUAUACCUGAAUUUAAACAAUUGGGUGUUACAGAUCUAUUUUCUGAUGAAACCGAUCUCUCUGGUAUUACAGGAGAAUCAACCCUUAAAGUCUCUAAGGCUGUUCAUAGGGCUGAACUAAGUGUUGAUGAAAGAGGGACAGAAGCUGCAGGUGCAACAGUUGUGGAAGCUGUACCCAUGAUGCUUCCACCAUCCAUCAAAUUCAACAGACCUUUCUUUUUAACUAUUUACAAUGCAACAACCGAAAGUUUAUUAUUUCUUGCAAAGAUUGUCGACCCCCUGAAAUAGCCCAACUUACACACUGUGAGCUGUU